ACAUUAGAAAGUGGUAGGUGCAAUGUGAUACAAAAUCAAACCACAAUGCAGUUGACAGGUACCAAACCACCGGAAAUUUCAACUCGGUUAGUCUACAUAUCAAAGAAAGUCAUCAACCUGACAGCUUCCCACACAUCUUGGGACUCGCUUACAUUAAUCGCACCUUCCUCCAUAGAGUGUCUCCAGCAGAUGUGGAGGGGCCGUCAAUAAUGCCUUCAUCUUUCAGCCAAUACUGUCACCAAAGUGCCACCAGGCGCAAGGAUGUCUGUUGCGUAAACCUGUCUCCAAUACCGUCGAAUACGAAUGGAAUAGACUCUUUUGACUUCGA